AAAAUAUCAUUCCCCAGUUCAGAGGGGGGUUGACGAGUUGGCCGCCAAAGCUGCAAACUGCAAACUGCAAACUGCAAGGCAAAGGCUCUCUCUCUCUCCUGAGCUGCUGGAGAAUUGAUCUGCGGAUUCAAAGUGAAACAGCUUAAAGCAAAGCAAAGCAAAGCAGUGAGAGGCAGUGGUUGGCGUUCCUUACAGUAGCAGCGAGUAUGUUCCACUGGGCAUCAGUGCUCACAAGACCUGCACUGCCCAUCAUGAGCACUGCGUAGACCCCGGGAACCCAAAUAACUUUUAUUUCAAGUUGUGUGUUUCUUGUCGUCGUUGUUGUUGUUGUUGUUGUUGUCGCUGCUGCUGCUGGUGCUGCUGUUGCUCUUGUUGUUUGCUGCGAGUGUGUGUGUGUGUGUGUGUGUGUUUUUUUUAAAAAAACACAACACAGAAACCCACAUUGAUCGGUGCGGUGAUUGCUCCGCUGACCGUUUCUCGAGCCAGCCCAGAUGAGUUCAUAUUUUGUCAAUCCAUUUUACUCCAAGUACAAGCCAGGAGAGACGUUAAGUCCCACUUACUACGACUGCCGCUUUCCCCAAGACGUUGCCAGCAGACACGCUGUAGUCUAUGGACCCAGCAGCGGUGCGAGCUUCCAGCACCCAACUCAAGUUCAAGAAUUUUACCAUCAUGGGACAUCAGCACUUCCUAAUACUGGCUUUCAACAGAAUCCUUGUGGAAUUACGUGUCAUAGUGACCCCUCUAAAUUUUACGGAUACGAUAAUUUACAGAGACAGCAGAUUUUUACGACACAGCAAGAGGCCGAUCUGGUACAAUAUCCUGACUGUAAAUCGUCCAGCAGUAAUAUUGGCGAAGAACCAGAGCACUUAAAUCAGAACUCGUCUCCUACUCAAAUGUUUCCCUGGAUGAGACCUCAAGCAGCCCCCGGCAGGCGUAGAGGCAGACAAACUUACAGCCGAUUCCAAACUCUGGAGCUGGAGAAGGAAUUCCUGUUCAACCCCUAUCUGACUCGAAAGCGAAGAAUCGAGGUUUCACACGCUUUGGGACUGACUGAGAGACAGGUGAAGAUCUGGUUUCAAAACAGGAGGAUGAAGUGGAAAAAAGAAAACAACAAGGACAAAUUUCCAACCUCUCGCAACGAGGAGGAGGAAGGGGUAAAGAAAGAGCUGGAAGAAACUGAGCAGGAGGCAACAGAAAACGAUACCAAAUAACUUUCCUGCCAUUGCUCCUCUCUCUCACUCUCUCUCUCUCUCUCUCUCAAAACAAAACAUCAUUCAGCUUGUACGAGUUACACUGGUAAAAUGUGGUGAUCAAAAGGAGCUCUGCAGCCUACAGCACAUUGGUGGCUAGUUUUGUGCAAAAAGUCCACUUUUUUUUACAUAUAUAUAUGUCUAUAGCCUUAAUUUGACAUUAUUUCUAAUGAAGUAUUUGUGUAUCAUUUUAUCCUUUUCAAUCACACCGUGACAGCUAUCACCAAUUCUAUAAAAUUAUGCAACUCCCUUUACAAGUGAAAAAGUGGAAAAGUGGCAAAAUCGCAGAACAGCCAUUUUUGAAAUUGAAGUUCUUGUUUUUGAUAACGUGAAUAUAUGAAAUUAUAUUGUGAUUGAUUUAGUUUGUUGAUUGUUUUAGCAUUUUUGUGAUUAUACCCAACAACAUGAACUGCCUAAUAGAAUGAAUUAUUUGGAAUGUAUUGCGAAUACACUUUAUGAAUUGUAGAAACAAAUAGUGCACUUGCGAUGUGUCUUAAUUACUGUGUGUAUGAAUUAAUUGGUGGUAUAUUGUGGCUGGAAAUUCUGAACUAUUAUCUAUCUCUCUGAAACGCAGAUUUUAAACACAGACAAAAAGAAUUACGUGGUAUUUUGCAGCAAUAGUCACUUUUUAUGAUGGUCGAAUGUGAUUAAAUUAAUAAAUGUUGUUUAAAAAUCAA